AUGAGCAUCAUUGGUUACCUGAGUGGACUAUCUCUGUUUCUUGUGACUAUGGUUUCUUGUAAGAAUCUCAAGAUUUCACAUUUUAUCAAGUUUCAAACGGAAGCAAAGUGGACUAUUUCAAAACACCAAGCCACUUCUACUCCUUAUGUGUUGUUUAAACAGCCGUUCAGCUUUCGAGACGUUCAAGAUCUCAACCAACUGUAUCAACAAACCAAGCCUACGUGGUGUUUUAUCUUUGCAUUUAAAAUAUCGCUGAUGGCAUAUUGGAUUUCAUUUCUUGUGAGAUCUUUGACAGUAUACACACUUACUUCAUCAACAAAGUACAAUAUGAAGUCUCUUGUAUGUAUACUCCUUCUUGGUGUAAUUUCGCAAGGAUAUGCAUUUCAAUGCGAUGCUAUGUUUUCUGGACGGGUAUGCGGUAAAUACCAGAAAGCUAGCAAAUCACUUACUGAUGCAGUUCAAAUAACCAACAUGGCCAUGGCAGAUGCUGUUAGCGAGAUUGCUCACGAUACUGAAAUUUUAUUUCAAGCCUUUUUGCCAUCGUUGAAAAAUACCAACAUGAAAGAUCAAGUGAUCCGCUUAGGAAAGCACUCUGUAAUUCGUAUUUCUUCCAACAUGACAACAGAAGAAGUGAAAGCUGUGAUGGACGGUAUGUUGAAAUGGUUAAAGACGUUGUCCACGGUCGGAAUGAUUGGUGAUAAGGAAUUUGAAAUAUUCAGCAAGGUUAUUGAUGAAGCCAUGAAGAAAAUUCUUUCAACCAGCAGUAACGCUUAUCUCAUCGUCGAUAAGAUUGCGAAAGUCAAAGAAGCUUUAAAAAAUGCUUUAAGUGGAGUCAGCUUUAUCACAAGAACUUUAAUCUUAAAAGCUGUGGACAGAUUCAAUGGACGCUUGGAUCAGCUCUCAACAAAACUCUGCAGCAUCUUGACAGCGUUUGGUCUUGGAGAUAGAUGUCUGGCUAUCAAGGCAAAGAUCGAUGCAGUCAUUGCCAAAGUAACUGGGAAAGUUGCUUCUGAUGCAAUCACUAAAGCACAGUCAGCUAUUGCUGUGUCUGAAGUGCAUCUGUUUGAGAUGUUCGAAGAGAUUGACAAAGACACACCAAUUGUGAAACGUGGGAUUUCAGAUACCUGGAGCAAGGUUCAAAAAGCAAUGAAAGAUCUGGGAGAUAAGAUCACGGAUGCAACGAAGAAAGCAAUUGAGGAGUAUAAACCAAAAAUUAAGGAUGCUUUGACUAAGGUGAAGACAGUUGUUAUUGAUGGAGCAAGGAAAAUCAUUAUUGAAGUUCAUGGUGGCAUUGUAAAAAUCCUUACUGACGGAGUGACAGGCACAUCAGACUAAAAAACUUUGUAACUCUCAUGUUAACGUAAUAACAUGCAUAUAUAGCAAUACAA